CUAUUUUCUAUAUAUCUGAGUUUGAGGAGUGAAGACCGGCUGUUUAAAUGGGCAAUAAUCACCAUUUCUGGUAAUACGUAAAAGGAAGGAAGAUAAUUAAGAACGAUAUACAGAUUCAAUUUCUUGAUUCUCUCUCCAUUUCUCGUCAAAUUCCUUUCCUUUAAUUCAUUGGUACGCUAUUAGAACCAAAUAAGCUCUCGCAAUGCUGUGAAAACGAAGACCAAUCUCCACCCAUCCUCUUUCACUUUCUUCUUCAGCUCUAUAUAAGUUCGGUGAACUGAUGAGAGACAGAGGAACGGACACAAAAGUGAACAAUGCUGCUCUCUCCGACCAUGGCUCCGGCGAGUACCGUUUCGGAUAGAGGCGCCGGCGCCGGCGAGCACUGGAGAAAUUUCGAUAAUACUGUUAAUGCAGUUUCAUUUGGGUUCGUCGCAACCGCCAUCCUAGUCUCUAUGUUCCUUGCAAUGGCUAUCUUCGAGAGAUUCCUCCGGCCAACAACCGCCGCCGCCGACGGUGGUGGUCUGAAUCAUGGAGAUAUCGAGGCCCAAACGACGUCGUUCAAUGGAAAGCUCAAUUACCCUUUUCCCAAAAAUCCAUCUUAUGGCGGUGACUUGUCGGUGUUGAUGCCCGGAGAAGAAGUUCCGACCUUCAUUGCUCAUCCUGUUCAAUUCCAAACUCAAACUCAAACUCACAUACUUAAUUAAUUCAUUCAAAUAUCAGUUUUUCUUAAUUAAUGUAACUUAAUUGCACUCAAUUCAGAAUUAUUAUUAA